UAACGACCUACCUAAUUAGCACGUGUGAGUUAAUAUGUUGGGUUGCAUUUCUAGGGUGCCGUAGUGCGCGCCGAGGUGGACUUGCAGGAUCAGAUAAGAUUAUCUGAUUGAUAAACUUGUCGGGGACAGGGGGUCGGAAGCCAGGUCCCUACCGGAACGACGUGAACCGGAUCAGCGCAUCUACUCUGUAGUUAGGCACAUACAGUCCAUCGUUCCAAAAGACCCAUGUAUUCGUCUCCUCACCGUCGUUUUGGAGGAAUUUAGAUAGCUCGUUAAAUGGAUGACUCUUAUAAUGCCUGCUCUGGCGUACGUUAGCUUCGGCUCCGGCUUCGGCUUCCGCGGCCUACUUGGCUGUAUAUAUUCAGUCUCCGUCUCUUCGAAUUCCUAGAAGAAAGAAAUUAGUUUACUUGGCUUCCUUGGCUUCUUUUCACCUAACUGUUUAAUUCAUAAUAAGCAAGAAGUUAGCCAUGACGUCUCGCGAAACCCACGAUGAGAUCGUACUAGCAUCCGAUCCCGUGGAUCUGGAAUUGGCCAAAGUUCCAACGGCUACAGGUCCUCCUAGCCCGCCUAAAGAUUCCGAUCCCUUCCUCGUCGCCUUCGACCAGCCCUACGAUGCUGAAAAUCCCCAGGAUUGGCCAGCAGGCCGCAAGUGGAUGGUGACAGAUGUCUUAUCUGCCACGGGUUUCAAUCGUAUCAUGGUCUCAACAAUCAUGGCGCCUGCCCUGACUACCAUUGCCCAGGAGUUCAACAUGAAUUCAACCGAGUCGGCCAUGUCUCUGUCUAUUUACUUACUAGCUACCGCAUUUGGACCGCUUUUCAUUGGUCCCCUAUCGGAGAUAUACGGUAGACAGGUCAUUCUACAUACUUCGAACGUGUGGUUUCUUAUUUGGAAUAUUGUUUGUGGUUUUGCUCCUAAUAAGGGAGUUUUGAUCGCGGCUCGCUUUUUAGCAGGCUUUGGUGCUAGUGCUAUAUACGCCCUGGCUGGGGGCGUUCUAGGCGAUAUAUGGCGGCCUGAACAGAGGGGUCGCUCACUGGGAGUUUACUUACUCAUUCCACUGUUGGCUGCAGCCGUCGGUCCAAUUAUUGGCGGAUUCAUGGCUGCACGCACAACCUGGCGAUGGAUGUUCUGGUCCACGUCUAUCUUCCAAGCUGCCAUGAUAUUCGUAGCAUUUUUCAGCUUCGACGAGUCAUUCGGUGCGCUAAUCCUUCGUCGACGUGCCCAACGUCUUCGCAAGGAAACUGGAGACAAUCGUUAUUACACACUAAGUGAGCGGCAAGACGGUAAUAGGUCAACGAUAGCAGUACUUUCGCGAACCUUGAGCCGUCCGGUUAGACUUCUAAUCUUCCAUCCGAUCAUCCAGAUUUCGGCUCUUCAGUCUGGGUUCGGUUACGGUUUAUUGUAUAUCGUGCUGUCAACUUUCUCCGAGCUUUGGACAAAGCAAUACGGCCAGUCGGUAGAAAUUAGUGGGUUGCACUAUAUUGCCUGUUCGUUGGGCGAAGUAGCUGCUUCACAAAUCGGGGGCACUCUGAUGGAUUACCUUUACAAGCGGCAGAGUGCACGCAGCCCCACUCCGGAGUCCCGCAUUCCGCUUCUAUUCCCCUCCAUGAUCAUCUCAUGGAUAGGCUUGGUGCUAUACGGGUGGACGGCCGAAUAUCGGGUCCAUUGGUUCGUGGUCGAUGUGGGAGUCUUUGUCAUGUUGUUUGGAAUGCAACUUGCCGGCAUGCCGAUGACGGCAUAUGUUAUUGAUGCAUACCCGGAACAUACGACCAGCGCCAUGGCAGCUCAGCAGUUCGUCAGAAGCUUGCUAGCUUUCCUAUUUCCAUUAUUUGCUCCGAGUAUGUACCAGGCGCUUGGGUAUGGAUGGUCCAAUUGCAUUAUAGCCUUGGGAAGUAUUACAAUUGCCGUUCCUCUUCCUCUUUUCAUAUGGAAGUAUGGAGCAAAGUUGAGGGCCAAGGCGAGCUCUACCUAUUAGUGAGAAUGAGGACUAUGGACCUCUGGUUUGAUCUUCGGAACUGCGAGUUACGAGCUCCUAGCAUGGAUUGUGUCUGCGUUCGUGGUAGUUGAGCGAUCGUGUUGAGUAGCCAUUAAAUUCUAAAAGAUGUGUAUAGUAUAGCUUAUCAUAAAUACCCAAUAUGAGUUGAUGGUAGAAACAAGUUUGUGAUUGCGUUAAUAGCAAGAAAUAGG